AUGAGGGAUGAGCUGGCGCCUUGCCCCGUGGGCACUACAGCUUGGCCGGCCCUGAUCCAGCUCAUCAGCAAGACACCCUGCAUGCCCCAAGCAGCCAGCAACACCUCCUUGGGCCUGGGGGACCUCAGGGUGCCCAGCUCCAUGCUGUAUUGGCUUUUCCUUCCCUCGAGCCUGCUGGCUGCAGCCAUACUGGCUGUGAGCCCCCUGCUGAUGACCAUCCUGCGGAACCAACGGCUGUGACAGGAGCCCCACUACCUGCUCCUGGCCAACAUCCUGCUCUCGGACCUGGCCUACAUUCUCCUCCACAUGCUUAUCUCCUCCAGCAGCCUGGGUAGCUGGGAGCUGGGCCGCAUGGCCUGUGGCAUUCUCACUGAUGCUGUCUUCGCCGCCUGCACCAGCACCAUCCUGUCCUUCACAGCUGCUGUGCUGCACACCUACCUGGCAGUUAUCCAUUCUCUGCGCUACCUCUCCUUCAUGUCCCAUGGGGCUGCCUGGAAGGCAGUGGCCCUCAUCUGGCUGGUGGCCUUCUGCUUCCCCACAUUCCUUCUUUGGCUCAGCAAGUGGCAGGAUGCCCAGCUGGAGGAGCAAGGAGCUUCAUGCAUCCUACCACUGAGCAGGGGCACCCAGCAGGGAUGCGGCCUCCUGGUCAUUGUUACCUACACCUCCAUUCUGUGCGUUCUGUUCCUCUGCACAGCUCUCAUUGCCUACUGCUUCUGGAAGAUCUAUGCAGAGGCCAAGACUUCAGGCAUCUGGGGGCAGGGCUAUUCCCAGGCCAGGGGCACCCUGCUGAUCCACUCAGUGCUGAUCACAUUGUAUGUGAGCACAGGGGUGGUGUUCUCCCUGGACAUGGUGCUAACCGGGUACCACCACAUUGACUCUGGGACUCACAAAUGGCUCCUGGCAGCUAACAGUGAGGUACUCAUGAUGCUUCCCCAUGCCAUGCUCCCAUACCUGUACCUGCUUCGCUACUGGCAGCUGUUGGGCACGGUCCGGGGCCACUUCCCAUCCAGGAGGCACCAGGCCCUCUUUACCGUUUCCUAG